UAUGAAUAGACCUGCAAAGUUUAUAAGUAAACUUUAUGAGAUUCUUGAAGUGAGUUAUUGAUUAUGAAAUUAAGACAAAUGAAUAUAGAAAAUAUAUACGUUGGUUACCUUCUGGAAAUGGUUUUACGAUUCUUAAGAUUGAAGAAUUUUCUUAAAAAGUGAUGGUAGAAAAUUUUAAUACAAAAUGUUUUUAAUCUUUUUUGAGAUAGUUGAGUAUGUAUGGAUUCAGAAUGAAGAAAAAUGAAAGAAAUAAAAAAUAAUAUGAGCAUUAAUACUUUGUGAGAGGCAAAUUUUAAGGUUGAAAAUGAAGAAGUAUUUA